CAGAGGAGGAAUUUGAGCUUAUUCUUGAAAUAAAUAAAUAUAUAUAUUUAUAUUAAAAAGAAAAUGGGAUCAACGAACCGGGCCCACUCGUUGGAAGCACAGUAGGGCCCAAACAUUAAGUGGACCCCACAUGAGAACUGAACCAUGCAUCCACUCUCCGACUCCGUGCAGUGGGAGAGCCGAGAGGGAGUGUUUUUAUUCUCAUCGCUUCCCUCUCUUCUUCUCAUUCACCAUCACCACCUCCACUCUCAAACCCUAAAACCCUAAUUUUCUUCCUCUUCUCAAAAUCAAAAAUCACAGUAUAAAAACUAUGGGAUCGGAGAUCGUUCUCCACAAAUUUCCUUCUCCCUCCGAUCCCCAUUCUUCUCAGCCCGCCGCCGCCGACUCGGCACGGGCCAACACGACGGCGCAACUCGUACUCCCUCGCAAAUCCACCUCCGCCACUGCUCUGUCGUCAUCCUCGAGGGACCGCCACACGAAGGUCAACGGCAGAGGGCGGCGCGUCCGGAUGCCGGCUCUGUGCGCCGCCCGCAUCUUUCAGUUGACGCGCGAGCUUGGCCAUCGUUCCGACGGAGAGACCAUAGAGUGGCUUCUCCGUCAGGCCGAGCCCUCGAUCAUUGCCGCCACUGGUACCGGCACUGUUCCGGCUGCUCCGAUCUCCACCGCCUCCCAGGCUAUCGCGUCGUCCGCUCCGUCUGUUUCUUGUAGGGUUCAGCCGGUGCCGGUGGGCGGUGGGCAGGGGAUGUUCGUGAUGCCCCAACCGCCGCCGAGCUGCCGCCUGGAUUUAUGCCAGCCGCUCGGGAUGGAGUACGCUGCCGCCGGCAAUGAUUACCGCCACAUGCCGUUUACGGCGCUGCUAUUGCAGCCGUCGACGGCGGACGAGGCAGAGGAGAGGCAGGAAGAGGAGGUCUUCAGAGACCAAUAGUAAACUGAGAUGAUCAAUCAAAUAGACACAGAUAGCAGUUUAAAUUGCAGUAUGAAAUUUACCCUUUAAUCAGCUCUUCUCCUUUCUCCUUCCUCUCGCUCUGGUUGUGGUUUUGGCUGGAAUUUAUAAAGGAAGAAGAAACAGUAUAAUUUUCUACUGCUAUGGAAAUUCGAUUUUUUUUUUUUAAUUUAAAAGAUCUUCUCUGGCUAAACUGAUUGAAUGGACCCACCAUUGCCGAUAUGGUCUUCUUCUUAGCAUCAAAGCAUUAUAUUUUCAUUUUCAGUGGGGGCAUGAAAUGGGGACAGUUCUCAAACAUUCCUAGUAUUGGAAAUUAAAUAUUUUGACUAUUUCUUUUGUCAACUUAAAUAAUUAAAAGUCUACAAAAGAAAGAAUCUUUCAGAUCAGGAUGAGGAGAGGUUUCAAAUACUCAAAUAUUUUCUGUCAAAAUAUCAUCUGUAUUUGGGGAAUGCCUCCCCUGUUCCAAUCCUCUGUUGGCUUU